AUGGCCACAAAUAAAGUUGCAGCUCUUCAGAGCAAGAAAAGAAGAGAUUUUAUACCUUACUUUUUGGGUUUUGUCCUGUUCCUGUACUGCAGCGUGCAUCUUAUAUCAUUCACAGCCCAUACGUCUGAAUUGAACCAAACAAUCAGAGUCCGCCGUGCAUUAGAGAACGAAACAGAGUGCAUCGCACCUCAAUCGUCUGAAUUCCCUGAGGGCUUCUUCACCGUGCAAGAGAGGAAGGACGGAGGCCUUGUCAUUUACUUCAUGCUAACUUUCUACAUGCUUUUGGCAGUCUCUAUAGUGUGUGAUGACUACUUUCUCCCAUCCUUAGAAGUCAUCAGUGAGCGUCUGGGACUCUCCCAAGAUGUGGCUGGUGCUACCUUCAUGGCCGCUGGGAGUUCAGCACCUGAGCUGGUGACGGCCUUCCUGGGAGUUUUUGUCACUAAAGGGGACAUAGGGGUGAGCACAAUAGUGGGCUCGGCUGUCUACAACCUUUUGGGCAUCUGUGCUGCAUGUGGACUCUUGGCCUCUAUGGCAGGACGUCUCACCUGCUGGCCAUUGUUUAGGGACUGCUUGGCGUACAGCAUUAGUGUGGCCGCUGUUAUUGCCAUCAUUUUUGAUAACAAGGUGUACUGGUACGACGCUACUUGGCUCCUACUAGUCUAUGGCAGCUACAUCGUGGUCCUGUGCUUUGACCUUCGCAUUAGUGAGUUUGUCCUGAGAAAGAUCAGUCCUUGCUGCACUUGUUUGGGCAAUAGCUUGGAAGAAAAAAGCGAGACACGAGCUCUGAUGGGCCUUUGGCACGAUGACAAAAGCCUGCGAAUCCACAGCCGCUCCAGGACGGACAGCGGGAUCUUCCAGGAUGACUCUGGGUAUUCGCAUCUUUCUCUCAGCUUGCAUGGCCUCAAUGAAAUUCCUGAUGAACAUAAAGGUGUGUUCACUGUGCCGGAGAGUGACUGGAAAAGGAUCGUGUGGGUCUUAUCGCUACCAAUCAUUGUGCUGCUUUUCCUGACCAUCCCUGACUGCAGGAAGCGCUUCUGGAAGCAGUGGUUCGUCGUUACCUUUAUCAUGUCUGCGGUCUGGAUCUCGGGUUUCACGUAUAUCCUGGUGUGGAUGGUCACAGUUGUCGGUGAGACACUUGGCAUCCCUGAUACAGUGAUGGGACUCACUCUGCUUGCAGCUGGAACCAGUAUACCAGAUACUGUAGCCAGUGUGAUGGUGGCCAGAGAAGGGAAAGCAGACAUGGCCAUGUCCAACAUUGUGGGUUCGAACGUAUUCGACAUGCUUUGUCUGGGUGUGCCGUGGUUCAUCAAGACUGUAUUUGUGGACACCAACAAUCCAGUGGAGGUCAACAGCACCGGGCUGGUGUUCAUUUCUGCCACACUCCUCCUUUCCAUCGUCUUCCUCUUUGUGGCUGUGCACCUGAAUGGAUGGAAACUGGACUGGAAAUUGGGACUGGUUAGCCUCAUUUGCUACAUCCUAUUUGCUACUCUGUCUAUCCUGUAUGAGUUGGGGAUUAUUGGUAAUAAUCCUUUAAGACUGUGCGGCGACUGA